AUGUUCAUUCCCUUACUGCAGCGUCUAGUGGACAAUCGUGGUACUGCAGGGGAUCGGCAGCUCCGCGAAAGUGACAGAAAUCUGAAUCAGGAAGUGCUGGGAGUUAACAUGGCUUCGAAAGGACCGGCCGAGAAUUGGACCGAGGAGGCAAUUUGUCUCAUCUGCUUGGAUUUCUUCACCGAUCCGGUGUCACUGGAGUGCGGACACAACUUCUGUCGCUCUUGUAUCACACGGUGUUGGGAAAGGGAGGAGAGAAACUCCUGCCCGGAAGGUAGAGAGGUGUUAGCUGACCGCACCCUCAGGGUGAAUCGGGCCUUAGCAAAUCUGGCUGAAAAAGCUCUAAAUCUAAACCUGAAUCCGAAAGGGAAGGAACGUAAACUUCACUGCGAGGAACAUGAGGAAGAACUGAAGCUGUUUUGUGAAACGGACAAGACACUGAUCUGUGUGAUCUGUGCAGUUGCGCAGGAACACAGAGAGCACCGCUUCAUGCCCAUUAAAGAAGCUGUUAACACCUACAAGGAUCAGCUAAAAUCUUCCUUAGACUCUCUCACAAAAAAGAAAUCAGACUUCCAGGAAAGGAAGCAGCAACAGAAAGAGAAGAUUUCCAGAGUUCGGGAACAAUCACGCAGCGUUCAGUCCUACAUCAUAUCCCAGUUUGCUGAACUGCGCCGGAUUAUCACUGAGAAAGAGCAGAGCUUACUCCAGGAUCUCAGGAAGGAAGAGGCGAGGAUUCUAAAUCCAAUGGAGAAAAAUCUUCGAGAAAUUCAAAAGAAUAUCAGGUUUAUUCAGGAGAAAAUCUCAAAGAUAAAGGAACGGAUGGAUCAAAAAGACAGUGUGAUAUUUCUCAAGGAGAAUGCUCGUUGGACCAGUAGGGUUAAUGAUGAUGUCCGGGACUUGUCAGUGACAGAUAAGGCCCUACCGGUUGAAAAAUUCGAUCACCUCUAUUUGUUGAAUACAGUGCUGAGAGAAACAAUUGAUGCCAUUAAUAGAGUCUCUGUCACCCUGGAUGAGGAAACGGCGCAUCCGCGUCUCAAAGUGUCUGAAGAUCGGAAGAGUGUGAGAUGGACCGAGAUCCGGAGGAAUCUCCCUGACAUCGGGAAGAGAUUCACAAACCGGCCUUGUGUGCUGGGAUCGGAGGGAUUCACAUCGGGGAGACAUUACUGGGAGGUGGAGGUGACUGGGAAUUGGGUCUGGUUUCUGGGAGUCGCCGCAGAGUCUGUGAAGAGGAAGAGACAGUUCAGUCUGAGUCCAGAGACUGGAUUCUGGGUUAUCGGGCGGGUUUCUGACUUGUUACAUCAGGAUUUUGAAGUGGUGAAGGUUAUCCCCUCCCCUCUGUCCCGUCUACUUGCCGGUCCCAUCCCCGGGAGGGUGGGAGUUUAUCUCAAUUACGAGUCCGGUACAGUUUCCUUUUACAAUGCGGAGACCAAGUCCCAUCUCCACACCUUCACUGGGAAUAAAUUCACAGGGAAACUUUUUCCUUUCUUCGCGACUGCGGAUGUAAACCAGUGGCUGAGAAUCUGCUCCGGCUCCGCUCAAGGUUUGUAAAUGGCUCGGAUCCCGGGACUGGCAUCAGGAGUGAUGUCCCUGUAAAUAUAAAUGUGCGGAGAGUGAAAUAAACACGAGA